GUCUAGAAAAAGAAAUGUCCGGGGCCCUUCAGCCGUCAGUCUGAGCCCGACGGGCUGGGGCAGAGACAGAAGCAACGUUCAUUCACAUGCAUGCUUUUCGAUUUUAGAAACAAGAAACGAGAAAUGCCUCGUUGCGCAAACAGAGAACUGAUGCUCGGCGUCCUGGGGGGAACUGCUGGGAUCGGCCUGCUGCUUUGGUGCUGCCGCCGGGCCCGUGGACCGCGGGCCGCGCUGACUUCCCCUCAGCUUCUCCCCCUGGGCCGUGCGUCUGCGUCAGCGCCUUCGGGAGGCGAGGUGCCUGCGGACCGAGGAACGGCCGCGGUCUUCCGGGGAAGGCAACUUCAGAUCCUGCAGAAGCUGAACGCGCUGCUGACGAGCGUGGAAGACCUGAGGGGGGAGAUCAGAGCCCUUCGGGAGGCCGUCCCGAAGCUGGAGGCGCGCGUGCGGCGGGCACUCGGAGGACGGACAGCCGCUCACUUUUCUCACUCUAGCUGCUGCAAAGAGGACGGGAACUUCCGACCAAGUUAUCCUGAACAUCAAGUUACUUCAGACCCCUGGCGCCAUGGAACCUCUUCUGUUACACAAUCGGGUGUAUAUCCUGAUCUUCAAACAAGCUGUCCUUCCGUGCGGAGAGUCAGUUUAUCUAAAGGAAAUAAGAAGUUAUCUUCUGCAUUGGAUACACCUCCUUGCUUAUCUCCCUCUGGAAAAGGAUAUUCUUUAUUUGGUAAAUUUCCGAAAAGCGCUGCUUCCCUUCAGCGUCAACAAAGCAGAGCUAACUUUGAUUCUGAAGUAAAAAGCAGCCCCGUCGAUUUCAAAUCUGCCUCAGAACACUUUGGUUCUAGAUCCCGGAAACAUUUAUCUACCCCUAAACUAAGUAUAAUUUCCUGUUAUGAAAGUACUAUGUUUUUUGAUCUUCAAUCAAGUAGUGAGAACAUAUUUGAUCCAAAUGAAAUUGAAAUAGUUUCUAAAAACUCAAGCAUUGCUGAUGCUGAAAAAUAUAUCAUCUCUUGUUCUCCUGAGUAUAACAUUAAACAUUUUAUGAAUUUUGAAACAAAAGUUAAUUCCUCAGGCAUUCAGAACCCUGGUGCUAGAGACAGCCAUCGACAAAGCACUGCAACCUACCUUUCUCUUGCACCUUUCAUUUCCUGUACUUAUCAACAAAAUGAAUUUGGCACGGAUUCUCAAGAAAGAAGCCAACCAAGGAAAGAUUCCCUUCAUUAUGGUUCUCAACAGCAUCCCUCUCAAAGUAUAACUACUUUUCCUCGUAAUGUUGGAUUGUCUUCGUUUCGUAAACACAGUAGGAGACUUACUAUCCCAAUUCUAAAUGAAGUUAUCUCAGAUUCCUUUGAGGAUGAAAAUAUUGCUAACUCAUCUCAAGAUGAAGACAUAUCUUCACCUACUGAAAUUCCUAACAUAAGAUACAUUACAGCUAGUACUGACACAGAAGAACAGAAUUUUCCAGUUCAUAAACCACUUAACACGCAUGUUGAGGAAUUGAAGUUAGAUGCCCUUCUUCAGAAGGCAGAUAACUUACGUAUGAACGCAUCUGGCAAGGUGGAGAGUUUUGAACUACUUUGUGACUACAAAGAAAAGUUUAGAGAUGAAAUAGAGUUUAUUUGGCGGUUUGUUCGUGCUUAUGGAGACAUGUAUGAGCUAUCUACAGAUACAGAAGAGAAGAAACAGUAUGCUAAUAUUGGAAAGACAUUAGGUGAAAAAGCUGUUACUAGAGCACCCAUGAAUGGACAUUGCCAUUUGUGGUAUGCAGUUUUGUGUGGCUAUGUAUCUGACUUUGAGGGCUUACAAAACAAAAUCAACUGUGGACAUUGCUUCAAGGAACAUCUAGAUAAAGCAAUCACGUUAUUACCUGAAGAACCCUUUUUGUAUUACCUCAAUGGAAGAUACUGUUAUGCUGUCUCAAAACUGAGCUGGAUUGAGAAAAAGAUGGCUGCUACUCUGUUUGGAAAAAUACCAUCCUCAACUGUACAAGAAGCUUUGCAAAAUUUCCUUAAGGUUGAAGAACUACACCCUGGUUUUUCCAAGUCCAAUUACAUGUUCCUUGCCAAGUGUUACAUCGAUCUUAAGCAAAAAGAUAAUGCCUUGAAGUUCUGUAAUUUGGCAGUGCAGCUUCCUUGUGUUACCAGAGAGGAUAAAGAUGCACAUGAGGAGGUGAAAAAACUUAGCUCUACCUUGAGGAGGUAAUAACAGAACUCACUCUUCACGAGCCAGACGUGCCUGCUAAACAUUAAACUUGUGUAAGCGCUGUUUCUCGCUCUCCUUGUCUUGGGGUGAGGGUGCGUGCUCAGUCGCGGGCUCGCGGGUCUAGGAUGCGUGCUCGGCGGCCCUGCAGCACUCAGCGUGUUACUCGGAGAAGCCCGCGUCCCCUGAUGGCGGUACAGGGUGAUCUUUAACGUGUAUGCUUCCUGUUUUUCCUAUCAAUAAACUGUGGUCUUCAGAA